AUAGUGCGCCUGGCUCAAACAUAGCGAGUCGCGGUAUUUUCAUGCAUAACCAAACAUUGUUUUUCGACAUUCGAUAUCCAAACGACUUUGACUCAACAUUAAAACGACCUAAAAUGGCAAAGCAGGGAUCCCCAGGCGACCCUUGAGCGUUGAUUUCGAGGUGGGUCUGCGGGGCAGUGGAUCGCCAGACUAUUGCGGGGUGGCUCUCUUUUUGCCCCUCUCCUCUUAUCAGUUUUAUCGAUUUGUUAUGAUAACAAGACCUCUAUAUCACGAUGGUGUUGCUUCAACACACCAGGUGCUUAACCAACAAUCUCCGCGAUACUCAAGUAACCGGAGUAAGUUGCCCAAUGGGGGUGGGCCUUCUGCAUGCAUAGAGCUCAACAGCCAUUGCUUUUCCAAGUCGGAAUACAACAGCCAGGUUUUCCAUGACAAGCGCAGCUGUUGCCCCUCGAAGCCACCAGAGCCACAGGUCUUGGGUGGCAAGUUGAACACGAUGAAUUGAUCCGAGGAAACGGAGGUGGACUCUUGAGUUUCUUGGCAGGCUAGCCAAACGAACAGAAACGAACCAAACACCCGUCGAAGCAAAUCUUAAUCGACUCAACGUCACGAGAUUGAUCUGCAGGUGCAUCGCGAGUAACCGCUCGUGAGACACGGCUUCGCUUUUCUCUCGGUGCUCGGCACCCGCCCAGCUGGCUUUUACAGAGUCUCGACCUGACUUGGAAGACUCAAGUUUCAUAAAUCACAAUCAGGAGCUCGAGCUGGCGAGAUUGUGUUCUCUCUCCUGAGACCUCCACAAAUACUUGAGACGAUUCCCACGCUGUUUGAUCUUGCUGGCUGGCCAACUGACUUCCUUCAAAGAAGCUUUCCGAGGAUGUCAUGUUGUGUUUGUCAGCUUGUCAAGUUGUCAGGUUCGGUGUAAUGGUUGUACCAGAUCACGCUUCAGGCGCGUAUUCAACAACCCGUCUUCAUCGACUUAUCAUGGCUAUCGUUGGACGAUGAGAAUGCUCAUAUUACACCUGCCGGCUGUGUUAUCACAGCUCACUCUUACAGGUACACUACUAUUCCUUAGGCUACAUCGACCACAGCCGCAGUGGUCGGACACAUGGACGAAAAUUCCCCAGUGAAGGUCGAGUUGGUAGGAGUUUACUUCGCCCCACCCUGCAUCUUGUCUCUCCUUGAGCUUCCCGAGCCAGAUUUGGUCAUUAUAUCCCACCACAGCUCCAAACAUUGCAAUAAAGCUACCCUCCAGCAGCUCCCAGCCGUUGGUACGAAAACGGUCAUCUUAACAACACUAGCCUCAGGAAGCAAAAUCAAGAGCUGGAAAUACUUUGAGAAGAGUAGAGUCAAAACACUGCCCAAAUGGAAACCCCAAGAACCAGGCAGACUUCACAUAUUGCGAUUCCCAACCCCAUCCACACCCCCAGGAGAGCCAGGAGAAAUAACAGUAGCCUUCCUUCCUCAAAAACACGAUAUUUUAGGCCUUCAAUACGCAAUAGGAAUCACCUACCGGCCGCCACCAGCCCCAUUAUACCACCUGCCCCUUCCCCAACGACUCCGGAGUAAAUCCCAAACCAGUUUGAGAACCCCCCUAUCUCCAGUCUCAGUCCAGCAACAACCGCAGCAACAUCCCUUACCACCCCCAGACGACAGACCCAUCAGCAUCCUCUACGUCCCUCACGGAAUCCCCUACCCAACAAUCCACACCUACAUAACCAACCACCUAAUUUCCGAAGCCGCCCUCCCACUGACCGUCCUCCUCCACCCAUUCAACAACACCCACCACCGCGGGACCAUCCCAUCAGGAAUCGAAAUAGCAAUCAAAAUAGCCGCCAAAGUCUGGAUUGGCGCCCACGACGGCGACCUAGUCCUUCGCGGCCUCAUCAACAGGCUGUUGUUUUCCAGAAGAAGAAAAAUCCCCAAGCAGUACACCAAGGACGACAUCCAUCAGCUUCUCGCAACAAAAGAAGAAGAGAAUGCAACAACAACAAACAAGACAGCUGUCCUUGUCCUUGAACCCGGCGAGAAGACCACCCUUCACAGCACGACGAGCAAGCCUGGUGGUGGUGUUGUCAUGGGGGCGAUCACCGACCGAGGGGAACUGCAGGAUGAGCAGCAGGGAGGCCAUGAUCACGGCGAUGCUGAGAGUACUAAGGGUCAGGACGACAACAACAACAACAACAACAACAACAACAACAACAACAACAACAACAACAACAAGACUGCCAAGGAUAAUGUUGGCUCAUCAAGUUCCGGGAAAACCCCAGCAACAGCAGCAGCAGGGAUAUCCAUCCCCUCGUUGGAAAAGUGCAAUUGGCGUUCCAACUUGGAGUUGUUUCUCAAAAAGGAAGAGGUUCAUCACGAGGGAGGGUGCUAG